AUGGCUCAGUCGCGUGCGCUAUCGCAAUUGCGCCCACCACCCUCGCCAUCGCCAGACGCUGCUGCCGAAGACCUGCGCCCGCCCGUCGUGUCUCCCUUCGCCGCCGACGACGUCCACGCCAUCCCGCUGGCCACGCUCCAAAUGGCCCCCGACAGAGGCACCCGUCCUGAGCCCGCUCAGUCGCCGCCGCCGAACAACCUGAACCCGCAAUCCCCCACUCCUGCCUAUCGCGACGACGCCGACGACGACGAUGCAGAGCUGCAGCAGGAUCCUGCCCGCGUCCGCUCUAUCCUGGCUCAGCGCGCCGCCGAGCCUCAGAACUUCACCCUCCGCGGCAUCCUCGUCGGCCUCGCCAUCGGCAUCGUGAUAUGCUUCUCCAACACAUACUUUGGCCUGCAGACUGGCUGGGUCAGCAGCAUGGCCAUGCCCUCGGCCCUGCUGGGCUUCGCCUGGUUCCGCCUGAUGUCCCGCCAUCUGCGCCUGCCCUUCUCGCCCGUCGAGAACGUGCUGAUCCAGAGCGUCGCCGGCAGCGUGGGCACCAUGCCGCUGGGCUGCGGUUUCGUCGGCGUCAUUCCCGCUCUGCAAUAUCUGUUGAAGCCCGAGGAGAACGGUCCGCUGGAUGUAGGUCUGUGGAAGCUCAUCGUCUGGGCUGUUGGCAUCUGCUUCUUCGGUGUCGUCUUUGCCGUCCCGUUGCGUCGCCAGGUUAUAAUACGCGAGAAGCUCAAGUUUCCGAGCGGCACUGCGGCUGCCCUCAUGAUCGGCGUGCUGCAUGGCCAGUACGGCAAGGGCCAAGUCAUCCGUCAGGACGACCAUCGUGACACGCAGGAGAGGGACGGUGAUGAUGGCGAGCGCUCACACCUGCUCGUUGGCCGUGCCGACUCUCCUCCACCCCAAACCUUCCCGGAGACGGACGCGGAAAACGAAGCGGGGACCGGCUUGGAUGCGCAGAGCGACUGGAAGGCCAAGGUUCGCCUGCUGACCAUAGCUUUCGGCGUCUCUGCUGUAUAUACCGUCUUCACCUACUUUGUACCCCAGUUGCGUGACGUGCCAAUCUUCGGUCUCCAUUUGGCCCACAAUUGGCUAUGGACCCUGAACCCUUCUCCAGCAUACAUCGGCCAGGGUAUCAUAAUGGGGCCCGAAACGACGCUCCACAUGCUUCUUGGUGCCAUUCUCGGGUGGGGCCUCCUCUCGCCUCUUGCAAAAAACAAGGGCUGGGCCCCAGGCCCGGUCAGUGACUGGGAGACUGGCAGCAAAGGCUGGAUCGUGUGGGUCAGUCUUGCCAUCAUGCUGGCUGACUCGCUGGUCAGCCUUGGUUGGCUGAUUCUGCGGCCCCUCGUCAACUAUGCACGCGUCUGGCUGCCCAGGCUCACUGACCAUUUCAGACAGCGGACUUGGAGCGACAUAUUCUCGUUUGACGUGCACUCGCUCAAGUCGCUAAACGGUUACACAGCCAUUGACGGUACUCAGACCCUGAAACGUGAUCCAUCCGACGAGGAAGAGGAUGCCCCACCCGAGCAUCUCAUCUCGACCCGUACCACUCUCAUCGGCCUCGUCCUCUCCCUCGGUCUCAGCAUCGGGGCCGUGCACUACGUCUUUGGAAACCUCGUCCCCUUGAGCCUGAACAUCCUCGGCCUCUUCCUCGCCCUGAUGCUCAGCAUCAUGGGCGUUCGCGCCCUGGGCGAGACGGACCUCAACCCCGUCUCCGGCAUCUCCAAGCUCACCCAGCUGCUCAUCGCCCUCGCCAUCCCCAACGCCGCGACCAACAAGAACGCCGUCGUCAUCAACCUCGUCGCCGGCGCCCUCUCCGAGUCGGGCGCCCUGCAAGCCGGAGACCUCAUGCAGGACAUCAAGACGGGCCACCUCUUGGGCGCCGCUCCCAACGCGCAGUUCUGGGGCCAGAUGAUCGGAUCCGGCGUCGGCGCCGUGCUAUCGGCCGUCAUCUACCGGCUGUACACCAACGUCUACGAGGUGCCCGGCAAGCUCUUCGAGGUCCCGACCGGUUUCGUUUGGAUCUUCACCGCGAGGUUGGUCACGGGGAAGGGCUUGCCGCCUAUGGUGAUGCAGUGGGCGUUGGGCGCUGGGCUGGUGUUUGCGGUCGGUACGGCCAUUCGAGUGGGAGAGCAGACGAAGGCUGGGACGCGCCGGUGGACGAGAUUCGUUCCUGGCGGCAUUGCCGUGGCUGUUGGCAUGUAUAAUACGCCGUCCUUUACGCUUGCUAGGACCAUCGGUGGCUUGAUGAAUCUGUAUUGGCUGCGCUACCGCGGCAAGCAGGAGACCCCCUUGAUUGUGCUCGCCAGCGGUCUUAUUCUUGGAGAGGGGCUUUUGAGUAUCGUGAAUCUGCUAUUGGCUAGUCUGGCUGUGCCGCACUUGUGA